AUGCGGGGGAAGCCACCAUUUGUAGAUAAUGUGCCUCGAAGAAUGCAUCCCUCCCUUGAGCACAUCGACACUUGCGUCCCCGUAACGGCGCUCAAAGCGCUUGAGUUGAGGGAUGUCAAGCUUCUACUUCAAGCCCAAGGCACUUAUAUCCGACUCAUUGACGAAGGGAGCGGAGAUCUGCUCGCAGAGCUGAAGGCUUUCAAGCGAAACCAUGUGCACGGGUUCGUUGCUCUCAGCCAACAAGAGCAAGUUGCCGGACCCUCACAUGCCCGGUUCAUCGCCUGGGGAGGACAGUCCGUGAGAGCUUUUGACUUGUUCUUCUCUGCUCAGGAGUCCAGUGCGAGUCUUGUCGCUGCAAGCGCUGAAUAUCAGGGACCGGAUUGGAUCCUGGCUGGUUGUGCGUCUAGCCAUGAAGAGUCCACGACUGCAUACGUAUUGACGGCGCACAAUGCCGUUCUUGGUCUGCACAUCGUAGAUGGAGACAGGUCAAAACAUGAAAAGGCUGUUCACAUAAAACCGCUUGUCACUGGCGUCAACACAAUUCUUUACUCUGCAGAUAUCGUCGCCCUCUCGGAAUCUCACAUCCUGAUCGCCGCAGGAACUGUUUUUGGCGAGAUCAUAGUCUGGUCUUCCUAUCUGAAUGAGUCUGGAGGAGCAGUCGGCUCGAUUCAUCACUUCUUUACGGGCCAUGAAGGGUCAAUCUUUGGGGUCCGGGUAUCUCCUUCCAUUGCUUCUUUGCGCGGCAAUCAGAGCGGACGACUACUGGCUAGUUGUAGUGAUGAUAGAACGAUCAGAAUCUGGGACAUAUCUGAUUGCGAGCGUACCACUGGCUUCGGUGCUGUAGCUCACGACAACGAGGUCGGUUCUGAGAAGACUAUUGCCAGUGCUUUUGGGCAUCUGGCUCGAAUCUGGGGCGUCAACUUCCUCACUGUGGGAGAGGGCUUGGGCAAAGUGAAUCUCAUAUCCCGUGGCGAAGAUGCGACAUGUAUACUGUGGGAUCUCACUUGGGACCCGUCGACGCAGACGCCUCAGUUCAAGCUGACUGAGGGCAUUUCCAUCCGCAAACAUACUGGAAAGCAUGUCUGGUCCUUGGAGGUGCGCAGCACUGAUACGGAGGCGGUAAUCUAUACCGGCGGCGCUGAUGGAGCCGUGAAGAAUUUUACCAUCAAGGCAGAUGAGAAGGGAUCUCUCGUUCUACCCAACUUACACAAUCGCAUCACGAUGACAAUUGAUACUCAAAACCAAGAACCCCAUGUGGAGACGUCGAUCAAAGGCUUUGACUUUGUCUCGCAGAACGAGUUUGUUGCUGUGACGGCCCGUGGCGAAGUUCAGGUUGGCCAUAUCAAGGCCCAAAAACUCUCUAACCAGCAUAUCUUCAAGGAAACAAUGUUCGUCGAAGAUGACCUGCGGUCUUAUUCUGUUGUUGGCAGCCUGCCGCAGGAAGGCAUUGCCCUUGUGGGUAACGCAAGAGGUUUGAUUCGGCUUUACAAUCAUAAUGUCAAGUCCCUCAUAAGGCUUGUCGAAGUCGGCCAAAGACCUUUGAUAUUGAUCCUCCUCGACUAUAAGCAGAUUUCAGAAUCAGAAGCAGACCUGGUAUUCACGGUGUCGUAUCCAAACUCCGAGACAGCAGAGCUUUUCAUGGUAUCGUUGUCAGGUGAUGAACCGUCCGUGGACAAAAUCACUGUAAAUCUCCCGUACGGCUUCGGAAUGGCAUCUGCAUCCCUGGUAUGCGGUAAGCAGUACCUGGCACUGGGCUCCCUCACUGGCAACUUCGCUCUGUAUAGGGUGGCAAAGACCGAGAGUAUCGAACCUGUCAUGCCCCCAAGCAAGCUACAUGGUCGUGAAGGACUCAGUUACAUCACGUCAUUCUCGUCGCUAUACGGCGAGGAAGAACAGCUGAAUCCGUACUUUUUGACUUGUGGACGGAGUGGAACCUAUGGCGUGCACAGGCUGGUUAUCUCGGAGGGCCCGGAGCCUUCCAUCUCUCUCCAAACUUUGCAUCUGGCCUCUUUGGCUUUCAACUGCGAAAUCCAGGGGGCUUAUAUUGAUAAGGUAUCUCAAGAUCUUAUGAUCUACGGAUUCCAACCCAUGGACUUUGUGCUUUGGAACGAAUCCGCGCAGACAGAGGUCGCUAGACACAAGUGUAACGGCGGCAGACGCGCCUGGGCUUUCCAACCUAACAACACAAAAGCCUGGGCUGGGUCGCUCCUAUGGAUCCAAUCUGGUUUUAGUGGCAUGGAAAUACAGCCGGACGCCAGCCGGACCAUGCGUUCCGGCAGCCACGGAAGAGAGGUGAAGGCCAUGUGUGCGACUCAGCAGGGUGGACUGGGUCCAUUGUUCGCGACGGGUUCGGAAGACACAAAUGUGCGUAUCUUUGCACCCCGCGAUACACAGUCCGAGAACCGCUGGGGCGCGUUCAAAUGUCUACGGCUCCUGCGAGAGCACCACACGGGUCUUCAGAGUGUGGGGUGGUCCACAAAUGGACGGUUCCUUUUCACGAGCGGUGGUUACGAGCAGUUCUUCGUUUGGCGGACACACUCUAUCCCUCGGUUUGGACUUGGGACAACAUUGGAUGGAGAAUGUCCAAAGAGCGAUCCCAACUCGGAUCUUCGGACAACGAGCUUCGACGUAUUGGAGGUAGAGGAUGAGCAGGCAGAGGGAUCGUUCUUAAUCUGUCUGACUUAUUCCAACUCUACCAUCAAGAUCUUCCAUUACACCUCGUCAGCCGAAGGAGGCAGCUUUAUCUUGCUGGCGAACGGCACCUACAUGAGCAACUGCCUGACGCAAGCAAACUUCAUGCUCAAGGGCUCGUCACUCAGCCUGAUCACGGCUUCCACAGACGGCUACUUUACACUAUGGGACCUGACCUCUGUCCUGGAGCCUUUCUACACGAUAACAUCACCUCUGCGCUUGAAGCAGACCAUUCACGGAGCAUCCAUCAUCCCAUCAACCAUUUCAUGCGAGAAUCGCUACCAGAUCCACUGGAACAGCAUCAAGAGCCUGGAGCUGGCCGAUCUAUCAGACACCUUGUCCUUGAUUGUCGCAGCCGGCGACGACAACUCGAUGACAGUCACUCUUCUGGACACGGGCAUCGAGAACGGCGAGGCUACAUGUACCAUCGCAGUCCCCGACGCCCAUGCAGCCUGCAUAACGACGACGAAGAUCCUCACGCAGCACGUGAACCCCAGUGACGGGACUGCCCGAUUCGCCGUCGCAUCUUCCGGUAACGACCACCAAGUCAAGAUUUGGUGGAUCGACAUCGACAUGAAGAUGACCGGGCCGGACCGAAUCCAGAUCAGCAAGGCAGCGGAGCGAUACAGUUCUGUGGCGGACAUUUCGUCGUUGGAUAUCCUCCACGGCGCAUCGGGGAGCCAGUUGGUGGUGUGUGGGGGGUCGAUAGCCUACCCUUUCUAUAUUAGUGCUCAUCCUUCGCUGCUUUUCACUCACCGAGUAGAUUUGAGCACGUCCAGAAUAAGUUCUAAGCAGCCUAACGAGGCAACUACAUGCUCGAAAUGCGUAGACACGACUGAUAGCGUGCCUUCAGUAUAUUUUCACUACUAUUUGUACAAGCCAGUGCAGUUCAAAGACAGAAUAGGUAAGCGGAAAGAAGGCUUAAAAUCCAGCCGUCGCUAA